CCAAAAAGAUGAGAUUUAUCUCUUUUUUUUUUCUUUUUUUUUUGAAUGAGAAGAAUUUUUAGUUAGAGAAUAAAGAGGGAACUUGAAAUAUCCCUAGAUUUUCUUUUCUCAUUGUUGUGUUUGGUUCAAAGGAAAUACGGGAGUAGAACAAAAUGAGAAUAAGGUGGAAUGCCUAGCCUUGAUCCUGCAGCAACAUGCAGCCAGCUGCAGAAUGGAAAAAUCUACUGUUAAGGGCAGAAGACAUCAACAUUACAAACCUAAAUCCCAAUAUAUAAAAGUGCUACAAGACCAUUUAUUUUGCAAUACUUGCUUAUAAGCAAUCAUCAUUUCCCUUCAAAAUAUUUUCAAACUCAAGAUAUAAGGCUGCUUAUAAGCUCCCAAAAAAAUAAGCACCACCAAACAGCCCCUUAGAAUUUGCACCUUUUCAAGAUCUUGCUUGAUCCAAAAAAUUGAAAAAACCAAAUUAACCAUGCUGAACCAAAAUCAAACAGAUGGCUUUUCUUUUUGAUAACUUGAAAACAUCAAAAUUAAGGUAAUCCCAACAGAAUAAGCUGGAAUAACUCUAAUGGAGUUGGAAAAUGUCUGCUCCAUGUUGUGGUAUUGUGGAAUCCUCUGCUGAUGUUUCACAGCACAAGAUAACAACUUGGCUGGACAUCUCUGCAGAGGUUUCACAUGCCUAGACGUUUCUAAGGUCUCAGUUUGCUUUUGGCUAGGAAACCUGAGAUAUGAUAUGAGAUACUAUGUCACAAGGAUCACAGACACACAGCAGAAUUUUUCCAAGAGUUAACCACAAAACCAAAAUAUAAAGAAAUUAGUACUACUUAAAAUAUAUCUUUAUUAUCCUCAGUCAAUUUACUUCAUGCUCAGCAGUAGUAGAAGCAUUGUAUGGAAACACCACCAAUUGUAUCUGCACAAUGUGAAUGAUAAGGAAACAAAACCAAAAACCAAAAACCACACAAGAAACUGCGACAUCACUUAGGUAACAAAAUGUAACAAAUGAAUGGCUAUACUGAGCAUUACAUCGAGGGUGAGACAGACUAAUUUUCAUUUUUUCAACCCAUUCAGCAUCACUAAAACAAAAAAAUAGCAAAACAAUUAAGGUCAUACCUCAUUAGUUUGAAAUCUAGAUGAUCUAAACCUGUCAUACUUUGCAACAAAAUACGAAGGAAAUCAAGUCAAUCUUAUGAUUGCAUCAAAUUUGCAUGUUUUUGCAUACUAUUUUGUUUGCAUCAAACUUGCAUUGCAUCUUCUUUACAGUUGCAAAGAAAUUUAGGAAAGUUAUUUUAUCUAAUUACUAUCAAAGAUAGUAAAUUGGAUGGCAGAAC